AUGGAUGGUGCAGUUUAUGAAAGCGAUGCGCGACGAGAAGGGCGAAAUGGUUCGGAACGCCCAUUUGCUGGGCUUCUUCCGUUGCAUUUGCAAGCUUAUGUUCCUCCGCACCAAGCCGGUCUUUGUCUUCGACGGUGGAACCCCUGCCCUCAAGCGUCGCCCCGCACCGCCAGCGCGAAAACGCCUAAGCUAAACUGUGGAAAUCAGAUACAUGCUUUAGGCACAGGAAAUAUGAAUGGUUGCAAUUAUGAUUUUGAUGGAAAUGGUCUUUCCAUGGAAGUUUCAGCCAUAUAUCUUGCCAUGAAAAACUCAAAGCUGGAAUGUGUUGAUGAGCACGUGGUUCCAACUUUUAGACGAUUGUUGUUACCUAAGCAGACGCGUAGUUGCCCUUCAAUUACUCUUGUUCUGGACUUGGAUGCUGUUCUAGCCUCAUUGCCUCCAUCAAUGCAGCUGGACCUUCUUGUUCAGGUAGUUUAG